ACUUACAUUUUCCACAUGACGAAGAUCACCGUGCAGUCGUCCAAGGCCGUUAAACCCGACUACGGCGGCGGCGACACUCCGGCCACCGCCUUCGUCCCGCUCACCGUGUUCGACCUCAUCAGCUUCGACGACUACAUGUUCGGCGUCCACGCCUUCCACCCGCCGUCCCCGCCCACCGCCGCCCUCGAGGCGGGGCUCGCCCGGGCGCUGGCCGAGUACCGCGAGUGGGCCGGCCGGCUGCGCGCGGACCCCGCCACCGGCCGCCGCGGCAUCCUGCUCAACGACGCGGGCGUCCAGUUCGUGGAGGCGGCGGCGGCCGACGGCACCACGCUCGCGAGCGUCAUGCCGCUGCUGCAGCCCACGCCCGAGGUCCGGCGCCUCCACCCGAGCGCCGGCGGCGGCGGCGACGACGACGGCGCCGGGGAGCUGAUGCUGGUCCAGGUGACGAGGUUCGCGUGCGGCUCCCUCGUCGUGGGCCACGCCAUGCACCACGCCGUCGGCGACGGCUUCGCCAUCAGCCGGUUCCUGGUCGCGUGGGGCCAGGCCACCCGCGGCGUCGCCAUCGACCCCGUCCCGGUGCAUGAUCGGACGUCCUUCUUCGUGCCCCGCGACCCGCCGCGGGUCGAGUUCCAGCACCGCGGCGCCGAGUUCAAGAAGCCACGCGAGAGGAAAGACGACGACGCGCGCAGAAGCAUCGACAGCGGCGCCGGCGACGAGGUGUUGGUCCGGCACGUGCGCUUCAGCCGCGAGUUCAUCUCCGAGCUCAAGUCCCGGGCGUCCGCUGGCGCGCCCCGACCCUACAGCACGGCGCAGUGCCUGGCGGCGCACCUCUGGCGGUGCGUGACCAGGGCGCGGGGCCUCGGCGGCGGCGGCGGCGGCGGCGGCGGCCGCGUCACGGCCCUGCACCUCGCCGUGAACGGACGGGCGCGGAUGCCGCGGGUGCCGGAGGCGUACACGGGCAACCUCGUGCUCUGGGCGCACCCGGCCACCACGGCGCGGGACCUGCUGGCGGGGCCCCUCGGCCGCGCCGCCGAGCUCGUCCGCGCGGAGGCCGCCCGCGUCGACGACGCCUACUUCCGGUCGUUCAUCGACUUCGCGAGCUCCGGGGCCGUGGAGGAGGAGGGGCUCGUGCCGCCGCUGGCCGACCCGGAGGCCGCGGCGCUGGGCGGCGACGUCGCGGUGUACUGCCUGCUGCGGGUCCCGUUCUACGACGUGGACUUCGGCGGCGGCCGGCAGUUCUUCUACACGCCGGGGUACUACCCGGCGGAGGGCGUCGUCUACAUCCUGCCGCCGUCCCCGUUGGGCGACGGGAGCGUGGAAGCGCACGUGUCUCUCUUCAGCCGCGCCAUGGAGACCUUCAAGGCCUGCUGCUUCUCGAUUGAGCACCACGAAGCACUUCAGGAUCAGUAAUUAAAUUAAUAAUAUACCGAUGGCCUCUGCAUGCUUAUUAGCAUCAUGUCGGCCAUUUGCUUCAUUAUUAUUAUUACCAGGGCUGUAGCCCGGGUCCUGGUCUAAAAAAUCAGGGUGUGUUUAGUUGGUGAAAAAAUUUAGGUUUUGGUAUUGU